AUGAUAGAUGGCCACAACCUCGCAGGCAAGUCUCCGUCAGCGUGCCUGUUGUACUCAGAGAUUCCGACGCACCUGCUGCGAGCCGAACUCCACCGAAGACAGCAAGAUGGGCAGGAACGACCAGCCUGCGGAACCAAGGGAGGCAAAGGACACUACAACACAUCCCUACACGUGUUUGCUCUCUUCCUGAUCCUCACAUUGAGCACCGCAGUAAUUGUGAAGCGCUUCCCCAGCAUUCCCAUACCUCACCAGUUUCUCUUCCUCUCACGGCACUUUGGAACCGGUGUCCUUAUCGCGACAGCCUUCGUGCACCUGCUACCCACUGCCUUCGAGUCCCUCACCGACCCAUGUCUGCCAUACUUCUGGAAUCAUGGCUACUCGGCCAUGCCGGGCCUGAUAGCCAUGACGUCCGUCUUUGUCGUUGUUGCCAUCGAAAUGUUCUUUGCAUCCAAAGGUGCGGGACAUUCACAUUCGGCCGACUAUGAAAGCUUGCGACCUGCCAAUCACGAUGCUCCUACACGGCCACGACACAAGAAAAGCCAUAGCUAUGGCAGGUAUAGCAAUGGCACAUCGGCGGCGAACGGUCUUGUACCUCCAAUCGUGUUGCACGAUAUCGGCUCCUCGGACGGUUUGAUGGCGAACCGAUCGCCCUCGUUGGCAUCACCAAUGACACCGAACCCUCCUCAUGCCAACGGUGGUGUAGCUCGCGAUUCGGUUGAUAGUGAUGGCUCAGAUCUUGAGAUUCGCCCAGAAGAGCUUGGCCCGCAAGUGGAGGAUGACCAAGACGACUCCAGUCUACUGCGGCAUUCCCAAGCCCAUAAGCAGGCCCAUCAUCCUCGCGACCACUCAGAACCACCUGAAAAGACCGAGGCGCAGAAUCAAAAACUGCUGCUCCAGUGCUUAUUGCUCGAGGCAGGCAUCUUGUUCCACAGCGUCUUCAUCGGCAUGGCAUUUGCUAUCAAAUUCCCUGCUGGAUCAAUGAAGCCCUGGUUGAUGGCACUGGCAUAUGGCACCACCACACCAAUCGGCCAGGCAAUAGGGCUCGCCAUCCACACCUUGUAUGACCCUGCGAGUCAAGUUGGACUGCUCACCGUUGGUUUCAUGAAUGCCAUAUCCAGCGGUCUUUUGCUGUUCGCCGGCUUAGUCGAGCUUCUUGCCGAGGACUUUCUCAGCGACGAAAGCUACCAUGUUUUGAAGGGGAAGCGACGAUUGCAAGCUUGCGCUAGUGUUGUGAGCGGCGCUGCGCUGAUGGCGUUAGUCGGCGCAUGGGCAUAA